UUUAUCCAUAAUAUUUCUAUGCAAUGAACUGGCGAUAUCUUGCUUUAUGGUAAUUGGGAUACCGUCAGAAUUUUUUUGCUAAAUUGGACAGGACAAUUUAUCGAAAAUGAGUAAGAAUUCCCAUCAACAAGAAUGAGUCAAUGUAGGCUCGUUGCUAUUUUUUUGCUUGACGUAACUUAUUUUAUAGAUUUAACAGAAUUUGGUCCUGGAGUUUUAGAUAAAGUAGAAACAUGUACCUGGAAGCGUAAGUGAUAACUUCUCAUAAUUAUAACCUUUGUAUGAAAUUCACAACAUUAUUAAUUUAUAUAUAUUUAAUUACUUGCGAAUAUGGGCUAAAAUUUGACCAAACGUUCUAUUAUCAGCUAUCAAUAAAACGUUUUGCCCAUUCCGUAGACUGUAGAGGAAACAGAAACUGCUCUAAAUCGAAAAUUAGUUGAAUGGUAUGAAAUAACGUUACUCGACAAAUAAAGCAAUUUUAGUUGUAGAGCAACCCUAGCGCAAGAUAAACAAGUAUAAAUGUCUUUUUUUGCAAAAUGGCACUAAUUUUAACCUAUUUUCGUUUUUAAAAGCAUUAGAAUUAUAUAGAAUAGAAUUUCAUUGUGCCUAAACGUUCUCGCGGUUUCUACAAGAUGUGGUUUCUACAAAUAACCCAAAAUAUUUCAGUCAAUGAUAGCGAUUCAUUCUACAACAAAAACAAAGUAUAUAGAAAAUGGCUGGCGGCUGUGAUUUUUUCGUCUUUCACAAUGUUAUUAAACAUCUACGUCUUGGUCGUAACUUUGAUUCAUGAAUGGAAAGUACAAAAAGAAAACAGUGAAAUCAUGGACCGAAUUCGUCAGGAGGAUCGAUAUUCAAGAAUGAAAAAACAUAUAGCCAUUGACGUUAUGAGAUACUUAAUCAUUACGUUUCUAUUUUUGUUCGUUGUACUGGGAUGUCUUGAUUUUAUUGAAUUACGUUAUUCUUUUGACGAUGAAGUGGAUAUAUGCAGAAACCUGCGAUAUGUGAAGCAUGUUUUAAUCGGUAUUUGUGUCUCUGUACCGUAUCUGAUUUACUGGAUGCGUCAAAGACAAUUUUACAAGUCAGAUUUACUAGAGCCACUAUGCAACAAAUUUAUGCGAACAUUGAGUUGGCUAGUCUUAGCUUUUAUGAUCAUUAGUUUGCUUACGGGUUUACUAAUAAUGAUUAUUCGUGGCGAAUAUAGGAAUUCCUUACUUGGCUGCAAACGUGAAAAGAAAUAUUCGAUCCUCAUAUUGCUGUUGCGAAUCGCUUCUAUGUAUAUCGUUAUGGCAAUUUUCCAAUUUUCUUUACUUUUUCUUUUUGUUUAUCCUUUGUGGAAAUUUAGAAACAAUCAUAAUGCACAUUCCAGGAGAUUAUUAAAACGGAUUAAACGGUCUUCGAUUGCUACAGCAAUAACGAUCUUUGCAAUGAUGAUUGGUUCUUUAAUCUCUUUUAUAUACAAUUCGUACUUUCACCUGAUAAUUUUUGAUUCACUUAUAUUGAAAUUCGUGAUCCUAGUUGUUACUAUCUGUGUCAUAGCUUCUUUCGAUGAAUGGAAACUAAGGCUGUUUCCCUUUGCUCAUCACGUAACUUUAGUCCAAGCUACAAUCUCUGAUCGGCCUCACAGUCAUUCUUAUCACCAUACUACUAUUCUCGGAUGAAUACACAAAAUAUUAAUUGUCUUUGAGACUGCCUUACGCUGUGAUUUGAAUAAGAAAAGCUAUUAUACGAAUUUUUUACUUUCGCGCAAUUGCAUUGUGCCUAAUCCUCAUUAAUUAAAACAGGGGUCCCCGUGACAAAGUUUGAAAUUACUGAUUUUUUUGCUCUUCUUUUAUUAGCCAGAAACUACGAAGAGUAAAAAUAAAUACACAUAUAUUGUUUUAUAUGUUGUGCGUAUAUAGUGAAAUUAGGUAUCAUUUUUGGUACUGCCGAAGUAUGUAAACCAAGAUGGCGGACACCGGA